AUGUGGGCAGAGAGACGUCAUGGCUGGCAGAAGGCAGGCAUCAGGAGGCUACACAGGGACCAGAGGGCCAGGGACCAGAGGGCCAGGGACCAGAGGGCCAGGGACCAGAGGGCCAGGGACCAGAGGGUCAGGGACCAGAGGGUCAGGGACCAGAGGGCCAGGGACCAGAGGGCCAGAGGGCCAGGGGCCAGAGGGCCAGAGGGCCAGGGACCAGAGGGUCAGAGACCAGAGGGCCAGAGGGUCAGGGACCAGAGGGUCAGGGACCAGAGGGCCAGGGACCAGAGGGCCAGGGACCAGAGAGUCAGGGACCAGAGGGCCAGGGACCAGAGGGCCAGGGACCAGAGGGUCAGAGGGUCAGGGACCAGAGGGCCAGGGACCAGAGGGCCAGGGACCAGAGGGACAGGGACCAGAGGGCCAGGGACCAGAGGGACAGGGACCAGAGGGCCAGGGACGAGAGGGCCAGAGGGCCAGGGACCAGAGGGCCAGGGACCAGAGGGACAGGGACCAGAGGGACAGGGACCAGAGGGACAGGGACCAGAGGGACAGGGACCAGAGGGACAGGGACCAGAGGGCCAGGGACCAGAGGGCCAGAGGGUCAGGGACCAGAGGGCCAGGGACCAGAGGGCCAGGGACCAGAGGGCCAGGGACCAGAGGGCCAGGGACCAGAGGGCCAGGGACCAGAGGGCCAGGGACCAGAGGGCCAGAGGGCCAGGGACCAGAGGGCCAGGGACCAGAGGGUCAGGGACCAGAGGGUCAGAGACCAGAGGGCCAGAGGGUCAGGGACCAGAGGGCCAGGGACCAGAGGGUCAGGGACCAGAGGGCCAGGGACCAGAGGGCCAGGGACCAGAGGGCCAGAGGGCCAGGGGGCCAGGGACCAGAGAGUCAGGGACCAGAGGGUCAGGGACCAGAGGGCCAGGGACCAGAGGGCCAGGGACCAGAGGGCCAGGGACCAGAGGGCCAGGGACCAGAGGGUCAGGGACCAGAGGGUCAGAGACCAGAGGGCCAGAGGGUCAGGGACCAGAGGGUCAGGGACCAGAGGGCCAGGGACCAGAGGGCCAGGGACCAGAGGGCCAGGGACCAGAGAGUCAGGGACCAGAGGGUCAGGGACCAGAGGGCCAGGGACCAGAGGGCCAGGGACCAGAGGGCCAGGGACCAGAGGGUCAGAGGGUCAGGGACCAGAGGGCCAGGGACCAGAGGGCCAGAGGGUCAGGGACCAGAGGGCCAGGGACCAGAGGGCCAGGGACCAGAGGGUCAGGGACCAGAGGGCCAGGGACCAGAGGGCCAGGGACCAGAGGGCCAGGGACCAGAGGGCCAGAGGGCCAGGGACCAGAGGGCCAGGGACCAGAGGGUCAGGGACCAGAGGGUCAGAGACCAGAGGGCCAGAGGGUCAGGGACCAGAGGGUCAGGGACCAGAGGGUCAGGGACCAGAGGGCCAGGUACCAGAGGGCCAGAGGGCCAGGGACCAGAGGGCCAGAGGGCCAGGGACCAGAGGGCCAGGGACCAGAGGGUCAGAGACCAGAGGGCCAGAGGGUCAGGGACCAGAGGGUCAGGGACCAGAGGGUCAGGGACCAGAGGGCCAGGGACCAGAGGGCCAGGGACCAGAGAGUCAGGGACCAGAGGGUCAGGGACCAGAGGGCCAGGGACCAGAGGGUCAGGGACCAGAGGGCCAGGGACCAGAGGGUCAGGGACCAGAGGGCCAGAGGGUCAGGGACCAGAGGGUCAGAGGGUCAGGGACCAGAGGGCCAGGGACCAGAGGGCCAGGGACCAGAGGGCCAGGGACCAGAGGGCCAGGGACCAGAGGGUCAGGGACCAGAGGGCCAGGGACCAGAGGGCCAGAGGGCCAGGGACCAGAGGGCCAGGGACCAGAGGGCCAGGGACCAGAGGGCCAGGGACCAGAGGGUCAGGGACCAGAGGGUCAGGGACCAGAGGGCCAGGGACCAGAGGGCCAGAGGGCCAGGGACCAGAGGGCCAGGGACCAGAGGGCCAGGGACCAGAGGGUCAGGGACCAGAGGGUCAGGGACCAGAGGGCCAGAGGGCCAGGGACCAGAGGGCCAGGGACCAGAGGGCCAGGGACCAGAGGGCCAGGGACCAGAGGGCCAGGGACCAGAGGGCCAGGGACCAGAGGGUCAGAGACCAGAGGGUCAGAGACCAGAGGGCCAGAGGGUCAGGGACCAGAGGGGCAGGGACCAGAGGGCCAGGGACCAGAGGGCCAGGGACCAGAGGGCCAGGGACCAGAGGGCCAGGGACCAGAGGGUCAGGGACCAGAGGGUCAGGGACCAGAGGGCCAGGUACCAGAGGGCCAGAGGGCCAGGGACCAGAGGGCCAGAGGGCCAGGGACCAGAGGGCCAGGGACCAGAGGGUCAGAGACCAGAGGGUCAGGGACCAGAGGGUCAGGGACCAGAGGGCCAGGGACCAGAGGGCCAGGGACCAGAGGGCCAGGGACCAGAGAGUCAGGGACCAGAGGGUCAGGGACCAGAGGGCCAGGGACCAGAGGGCCAGGGACCAGAGGGCCAGGGACCAGAGGGCCAGGGACCAGAGGGUCAGAGACCAGAGGGCCAGGGACCAGAGGGUCAGGGACCAGAGGGCCAGGGACCAGAGGGCCAGGGACCAGAGGGCCAGGGACCAGAGAGUCAGGGACCAGAGGGUCAGGGACCAGAGGGCCAGGGACCAGAGGGCCAGGGACCAGAGGGCCAGGGACCAGAGGGUCAGAGGGUCAGGGACCAGAGGGCCAGGGACCAGAGGGCCAGGGACCAGAGGGCCAGGGACCAGAGGGACAGGGACCAGAGGGUCAGAGGGUCAGGGACCAGAGGGCCAGGGACCAGAGGGCCAGGGACCAGAGAGCCCAUUCAAAUAUAA